UUCCUCCUACUUGAACUCCCCCUAUCACUAUCGGCCUCUUCCUUCUCAUCCUCUUUACUCUUUUCCUCCUCUCUCUCCUUCUUCCCAUUCUCUUCUCUCUUCUCCUCACCAACACCAUAGUCCUGAGGCUCACACUCAAUGAUGUCAUCACUAAUCUCUGGAGUGGGUGAGGGAGUGCUGGGAUUCUGGAGGUGGGCGGGGCCAGACAUCUCCCCACUGACAUCUGCAGACUUUGAUCUCUCCCUCUUCUCCGGAGCUUAGCUCUCCAUCCUCUAUUUCCACCGCUGCAUGAACCUUGACCUCAUCUUCCUCGCUGGGUCUCCGAAGAUGCGAUGUGAUGUCGUCCAAAUCUUCAUUAUAGUCCAGGUCUCCCUCCUCUACCCCAGCACCAACACACGACAUCACUUCUACAGCAACACGUUGGUUUAUCAACUGCUUACGUGACUAACAGUAUUUACUUGGCACCAUUCACCACACAUGUGCCCCACUUACCAACAUGGCAGGACGCCCAUACUAGACUACAACUACUAGCAAAGACUGGUCUUUAGACUGCUCCUCUGUUUUCUGUGCUAUCAACCCACAAUAACCCGGCACAGAACUUCUACUGUUAGCUAGAUGUACGGCCAGACUGGGCAUGCAUCUAAAACAUGCCAGGCAAUCUCGGAGCCAAAACAAAACUUCCAGGAAAUUUGUCACACAGUUUAUACACUGAGCUCUACACUGGCUAGGCUGUGCAAUGCAAAGGCAAAACGCAACUCACUCCCGUACUGCGUUGAGGCAAAAUACCCAACUUUGCUCUUGAGUCAAAGGAGAGCCGACAGCGUGAUUAUCACAUGAUGCUCACGUGAUUUACACAAAAACGCGCGUGGCCGACUUUUGUCUGAAAGACGUAGCUAGCCUUUUUCUUCACCAAAUCUCGUAAAAUGACAGAUGACGUAGACGUAGAAGACCUGCUAGAAGCACCUUUUAAAAAGGAGACCGAGAAAGAAGAACAGGAGGAAGAGAAGGACAGGCGUCGCAGUAGAGACGACGAGGGCAAAAGAAAGCACCAUCGUAGGCACAGUCACAGGAGGUCCCGCUCUGGCUCGCUUUCUCCCCACAAGAGGAGCCGCAGCAAAGACCGCUCCAAUCGCCACUCCAGAGGCAGUCGUCGCAGGAGGCAAGGAGGGGGUGUGGUUAGUGGGAAUCUCUCUUACUGUCUGUGUGUCUGCAGAUCUCGGUCAGGGUCCAGGGAGCGACGCAGGCAGUCGCGAUCUCACUCCAGGGAAAAGGGACGAGGUGGCCAUCGUCGCUACCACAAGAGGUCUCCGUCCCCCAAAGGGAAGAGUCCUUCGUCACGACCAAUCACUCUGGGCCCUCCGGCAAAGAGGCCAUCCCCCAAUGCUGAGCCUCCGUCUGUGGAGAGAGAUCGGCGUACAGUAAUGUGCAUGCAGCUGUCAGCAAAGGUGUCACCGCAUGACUUGGAGGAGUUCUUCCAGAAGGUUGGGCAGGUGUGUGACGUCAAGAUGAUCUCGGACAGAAAUUCCCGUCGCUCUAAAGGCAUUGCGUAUGUGGAGUUUUACGACGAGAACAGUGUCUUGCCGGUAAGCUGGUCACUUGUGUUGUAUGCUGUACGCACUAGAGUAUGGACGGCUCUCUUUCCCAAGGCUCUGGCUCUGACAGGACAGAAGUUGGUUGGUGUUCCCAUCAUCGUGCAACCAACCAUGGCCGAAAAGAACAGGCUAGCUGCUCAGGCACAGAACCUGAAGAAAGCUGAAGGGCCUAGGAAACUCUAUGUCGGAUCACUGCACUACAGCAUCAAUGAAUCCAUUCUCAAGACAAUCUUUGAGCCAUUUGGUGCCGUUGACAAGAUUCAGUUGAUGAGGGAUGAGAAUGGCUUGUCUAAGGGCUAUGCCUUUGUGGAGUUCAGUGACUCAGAGUGUGCAGAGAGGGCCUUCUCCAACAUGAAUGGUGUGGAGCUGGCUGGCCGACCGCUCAAGAUCAACAAUGUCACUGAGAGAGACACCACAGCCAUGGAGUAUCUGGAUGGAGAGGACACUGACAUUGGAGUGGGGAUGACUCCUGCUGCCCGGGCCCAGCUCAUGGCAAAGUUAUCUGAUGGCCACAAUGCAGGGCUGGCAGUUCCACAAGUGGCAGGGGUAGCUGCUGGCGUUCCUACUGCCUCUCCUUGCAUUAUGCUCAGCAACAUGUUCGACCCCAUGAGUGAAAGUGAGCCAGGCUGGGAGAAUGACAUUAGAGAUGAUGUGCUAGAGGAAUGCUCCCAGGCUGGCUCUGUGUACCACAUCCAUGUGGACAAACUGUCUCAAGGAAAUGUGUACGUCAAGUGUUCCUCAGCGCAAGUGGCUACUGCAGCUUUCAACCGUUUGAAUGGAAGAUUCUUUGCAGGAAAGCAGAUUGUGGUGCAGUAUAUCCCAGAAGCUGCAUACAACAUCAAGUUUCCAGCGGCUCAAAACGCCUUUGUUCCACUCCAGUGACAAACUGCUGAUAUAUACCAUACUCACUGCUACUGACAUUGCUGUGUGCAUGUGUGUGUGCAUGUGUGUAAGCUGCUAUAAGUGUUUUUCUCUGGGAAGUGUAGAGGGAAGAAGGUAGCCAUUGGGAUUGAGAAGGGAGCGAGGUUGGAGUGAAGUGGAGGAUGGAUCAGAGUACGUCAAAAUCUGGUGGGUGUUUGGUACAAGUUGUUGGGCUC